CUCACCCUUAAAUCCGACAUCGGUUCACACCCAUCCCGGUUCACCCGCUCGCUGCGCUCGCACCGCCCCAUCUGCGCCGGCCAAUAUAUACUCUGCACGUCCCCAGUCUCUUCUUCACUACUUUCUCUUUAACGAACUAGCACGACAACAUGGAGGACGAGGUAGCAGCGCUCGUUAUCGACAAUGGUUCCGGCAUGUGCAAGGCUGGCUUCGCAGGUGACGAUGCCCCCCGUGCUGUGUUCCCCUCAAUCGUCGGUCGUCCCCGUCACCAGGGUGUCAUGGUCGGCAUGGGCCAGAAGGACUCAUACGUCGGUGAUGAGGCCCAGUCCAAGCGUGGUGUCUUGACCCUCAAGUACCCCAUCGAGCACGGUAUAGUCACCAACUGGGACGACAUGGAGAAGAUUUGGCAUCACACCUUCUACAACGAGCUCCGUGUCGCCCCCGAAGAGCACCCCGUCCUCCUCACCGAGGCGCCCCUCAACCCCAAGGCGAACCGUGAAAAGAUGACCCAAAUCAUGUUUGAGACCUUUAACGCACCUGCCUUCUACGUUGCUAUUCAGGCCGUCCUUUCGCUCUACGCCUCUGGUCGUACCACUGGUAUUGUGCUCGACUCCGGUGAUGGUGUCACUCACACCGUCCCCAUCUACGAGGGUUUCUCGCUCCCGCACGCCAUCCUCCGUAUCGAUCUCGCCGGCCGUGACCUCACCGAGUUCCUCAUCAAGAACUUGAUGGAGCGUGGUUACCCCUUCCACACCACCGCCGAGCGUGAAAUCGUCCGUGAUAUUAAGGAGAAGCUUUGCUACGUCGCCCUCGACUUCGAGCAGGAGCUCCAGACCGCUGCUCACUCUUCCGCCCUCGAGAAGAGCUACGAGCUUCCCGAUGGUCAGGUCAUCACCAUCGGUAACGAGCGGUUCCGUGCUCCUGAGGCGCUCUUCCAGCCCGCCUUCCUCGGUCUCGAGGCCGCUGGUAUUCACGAGACGACGUACAACUCGAUCUACAAGUGCGAUCUCGAUAUCCGUCGUGACCUCUAUGGCAAUAUUGUCCUCUCGGGUGGUACCACGAUGUUCCCUGGUAUCGCGGACCGUAUGCAGAAGGAGCUCACCGCGCUUGCGCCCUCAAGUAUGAAGGUCAAGAUCGUCGCUCCCCCCGAGCGGAAGUACUCCGUCUGGAUCGGUGGUUCGAUUCUCGCGUCGCUCUCCACGUUCCAGAACCUCUGGUGCUCGAAGCAGGAGUACGACGAGUCCGGCCCUGGCAUCGUCCACCGCAAGUGCUUCUAAGCGUUGCCGGGAAAAGCGAAGGUGUGCAGGACCCGUGCGCGUGCACGUGUGCCGUCGAUGCAGUAGAUAACCCCUACCAUACGCUACCGUUCUUUUGUUUCCCCCGCUUUCUCAUGACCUGCAUUCCGCCUGGACUUGCUGCCCGGCGGAGACGAUCUCCUUUGCGCUGUGGCGAUGGUGGGGUGCACUUGUAUUAUGUUGAUGUUGGGAUGUGAAUGGCAAACGAAUGACUUCAUAUAAUGUCCUGAUCCGUGGGAUUGCUUGGC